CUAACCUGAAAAAAUUAUUGAUUACGUGGCAGAACGAUUUAAAAAAAGGAUGACGUACAAUGAUCUACUAAAUAUAAGAGCUGCUGUAGUUGAAGAUUGUGAUUUACAGUCAGUUGUGUUUUCCAAAUUACGUCAAGUUGGGAAGUUAGUUGUAAUUCGGGAUGAAAACAAUGGAAGAAUGAAAUUAGCUUGUUUUAGUUCCAGUAGACAAAUUGAAAUUUACCACAAAUUCCCUGAGGUCGUGGGUUUCGAUUCCACCUACAACACUAAUAGAGGAAAUUAUAAACUGUUUCAGUUUGUUGUUACAGACUGCCAUGGAGAAGGUCUACCUGUUAUGUUUGCAUGGAGUAGACAGGAAAGGCUGGAUGAUGUGACGAAGAUCCUGCAAACUUUUAAAUCAAUCAUGGGUACAACUUCUUAUACGGAAACUUUUGUCAUGGACUGUGCAAAGGCCUUGAGGGGUGCCGUUGAGACAACGCACCCACUUUGCAAUAUAAUAUUAUGUGCAUUCCAUGUUUCACGUGCUAUGCGUAAGAAGGUAAGUAAUGUGAAUUUCGAAGAUUUUCUAGACAAAAAUUAAACUUGUUAGGCAGUAUGUAUCGCGUAUGAUUCGCGAGGAAUCAAUUCAUGGAUUCUACACAUACCUCGGUCUCAUACGGCAUCUGGAUCCCCGUUUUGCGACGUAUAUACACAGACGCUGGCUGCCUUUGAAGAAACUAUGGGCAGCAUCAUUCAACCGUAAUAUUUUGUCACUUGGCAAUAACACAAACAAUCGCGUUGAAAGUUUGCACAGACUGAUGAAAAGGAAUUUGUCAAGAGCUGUUACUCUACACAAGUGUAUGUGGGAGGUAUACCGGUGGAGUGACAGGAAACUGAGGAGAAUUGAUGGCGAGCGAGAUGUGAAGAUUAGAGUGGUGGACAACAGGAUACGUGGUUUGCAGGCCUUACUGUCAAAAUUAACAGAGUAUGCUGGAAGAAAGGUUGUUGCAGAUUUUAAAACAGUAAGAAGGGCCCGCAUUGACAACCGUAUUUCUCAAAACGUAUUUUUCGUCGACGGAUUCACACAUCCAGUAGUUGAUAUGGCAAGAGGCACUUGUACUUGCCGGGUGUUCACCACCUGUAGGUAUCCAUGUCGUCAUAUGGUAAUUGCUCAUCUCACUUAUCCACAUUUUGAAAGUAAGUCUGACGUACAAUUACCUGACAUUACAGUUGAUCGUGUUCUGAAGAAUUGUCGACGGUGGAUGUUUGUCAGCAGAAAUCCACAACCCGUACUAACUGCUGCACCGGGGGUGACACAAAACAGUUACGUUGAAAAAUACCAAAAGAUAAAGCAUAAGUUUUGUAAAUAUCUUGACAGGCGCGUAAAUGCAGG